AUGAGUGUUCAAUCAAAAAGUGUUACACCAAAACAACAAAAUCGAAUGAAUCGUCUUAGUACUUCGUAUACAGAAGGAGUUAAUGAUACUGAUUUUAUAAAGCCAAAAAAUCCUCGAGAUGUUUAUCUAUAUAGAUUUCUUGAUAAAGAUUUAUUAAGACAAACUCCCUCAACAAAUGCAUCUACAAAUACUCGUAGUAAAACCAGUUUAACGAAUGAACUUCUUCAACGUUAUAAACAAAGUAUGGCACCAAGUAGACCAGCUUAUCGUUCAAUACUUACUAUUGAAGAAGCAUUAAAUCCACCUUGGGCUUUGAAUUUUUACAUAAAACGACAGCCAGCUACACCAAAUUUUGUAUCGAAUUCAACGGAUGCACUAGUACGAAAACAACCACCUCGUCGAUUAGUGAGCGCUCCACUCGCUCGUUCACCUUCUCCGCCUCCAGCUUUAACUAUACCUGAACCACGUCUCGUAACUGUUUCAAAUCAGGUCACGACAACAAAUUCACCUACACUCAGAAGCCGUUCAUCGUCUGCCUUUGGACAUCAUGAAAAGACUCAUUCAACCGAUCGUUCAUCGUCUGCUUUAGGACAUUAUGAAACGACUCAUGCAAGUGAUGGUAAAAAACGACGCCGCAAACUUAAGCCAGUUCAAUUAUCAACUAUGGAAAAUUAUAUGAAAUUAUCUAUUGAAAAUAUUCAUCAAAUACCCGAACAAAUUAAUGAAGAACAAACUGAACAACCCGUACAAAUUAUCUUUACAGAAGCUCAACCUUCGUCUAUUCCGCCUCCACCUGUUUAUAUAUAUAAAAAAUCAGCAACUUGGUGCCCUGAUGAAAGUUCAUUAGCUCCACUUCGUCAAUCCGUUGAAGGAAAUGUUUCACCAGCGAAUCCACAUUAUGUUCAUCGUCCAGGUGUUAUUUCCGUUGAAAAUGUUGAGAAAAGAACAUUAAAAACAACUUCACCAAUAAAAAAAACACGAAAACAUCGACAUACUCAAGACAAACAAGAUGAACCAAUACUUACAUUAGCACCAAUGCAACCAAAAACAAAAAUAUAUGUUGAAACUGAAGGUAUCAAAUUAACAUAUGAUCCUAAAUUAACACUUGAUGAUAAAUCACCAAAUCUUAGUAAAUAUCUUAUUGAUGGACGAUUAUAUUUAAUCAAAGAUCAUCGAUAUAAUGUUUUGAAUAAUGUCGAUUCAGCAACAAUACAAAAAUAUAAUCAAAAUUUACUUAUAUCACCACGUCCUAAAUAUUAUCAAACAGUACCCAUUGAUAAAUAUCAAUUACCUAAACCAUCACAAGAUGUACAUUAUAAUGCAUCUGAAACAUAUUUUUAUAAUACAAUACCGAAACGUCCAACUCGAUAUGUUAUUCAUCCAAAUUUUAUAUCCGAAAAUCUUAAUGUUAAUAGAGUAGCACUCGGACAACGACCACCAACAACAACGAUUUAUGCAUGA